CUAGCUACUUCUGUCUCCCACCACACGAGGCAGUAUAACUGCCAUGAAAUAACUGUUUAUUUUGACCCUUGACUCUUUGGUCUUCUCUUCUCAUUGAUCUAGGUUUUGCUCAUUAACUUCAACUUUUACAGCCUAUAGCACCAUCUCGACCACAGAAAACGGUAAAUACAGCUAUCAUAGCAUCCAAUAGUUAGCCAUAUUCGUUACAUUACAUUACAGUGUAUGUAUAUUGUACCCUUUUAUAUGCUAGAAUAUAGGACUGUAAUUCCUUGAAUUAAUGACCUUUACAACUGGAGGACAUAGCCUCAUCAUUCUGACCACAGGAAAAGGUAGAAAGAGUGCAAAAGUUAGCCUUGUUGCGUACAUAUAUAUGUAUGUAAACACAAGGCGACCUACACAGAAAACUUUCUAGAUCUUCCAGACUGCACUUCCUUAGCUUUCCUGCCUUCUGCUGAAAUGGUCUGUGCAAUUUACUGCUUACAUGGGAGUGCACGACAAUAAUACGCGCAACACCCAUUAUUCCUGCAUGGGUAUGCAUUGUCACCAACACUUCCUGCGUCCGCGAAGCUGUUGUUGAAUUAUUUGGUCCCACUGUAUCCCGCAUAUAGAUACGUUAAUCCUACAAAGGACCAACAAAGCAGGGGUGUCCAAAGUGCAGCCUGAGGGCCAUUUUCGGCUCGCAGCUUGUCUUGUAAUGAACCUUGGCCCUGUGUUACAACCAACUUGUCACUUGACCUUGACAUGUUUUUGACCACAAAACGUUGUCCCUACUGGGUAUUCCACCUCAGUUUGUGACCAGAUUAUUUAACAGAAGACUCAUAAUGAACUGAGAUGCUUCUUUAAGGGCUAUGUGCUGUGGUUUAAACCUCGUCCCUGUGUUGUGUACAUGUCUCUACCCUUGGGGAGGUUGCAAGACUCUCCACUGGGACUUUCCACUGGUUCAUUAUCCAGGAGAGGAGUACCUGGUUGCCACACCAUGAAGGAAGCCUUUUUUCUGCUGCUCACAGGACACUGUGUAUGGACGCUGUAAACAUGAAGGAUAUGGGAUAAGGCAGCACUGGGAUUGCCGUCAUUGUGACCUUCAAGAUGAUAUGGGUGGCCAUCUUGUAUGACCAUCAUGAGUUCCCUGGUGUGGUGCCUCGAACUUUCAUUGGCCCCCUGUUUGUCUCCGCUCUCAGCUCCCCUGUCGUCUUCCUGGCUUCUCUGCUGGAUGCACCCAAAUUCUACACCCAGCUCAUUGUCCGAGCCUCCUUGGGAGUCUGCGUCAUCGGUGCGCUAUGGCACAUGCAGAGAGAGGUGAGGAGGCAAUUUGGCUCCACGGUGGCGAUCCUUUUCUGCUUGACAUGCGCGUCACAGUUUCACCUAAUGUUCUACAGCACCAGGACGCUCCCUAAUGUGUUUGCAUUACCAAUAGUUCUUACAGCAUUCACCUCUUGGAUGGCUCACAAAUACGGCAGCUUCAUCGGCCUCUCUGCUUUUGCCAUCAUUGUGUUCCGGUCCGAGCUCUGCAUCUUCAUGGGUCUCAUGUUGGUAUCGUCACUCCUGAGCAGGAAGCUUGGGUUGUUAGAGCUUCUCUACCAUGCUGUUCCUGCUGGAUUGUUAUCAUUAGCUCUAACAGUGGCCGUCGACACCUUCUUUUGGAGGAAACUUUUGUGGCCUGAAGGUCAGGUUUUUUGGUACAACACCGUUUUCAACAAAAGUUCCAACUGGGGAACCUCGCCCUUUCUCUGGUAUUUUUACUCCGUUUUACCCCGCGCCCUUGGAUGCACGCUGCUGUUUGUCCCGCUGGGCCUGCGGGAUCGGAGGAUGAGGCCCCUGUUGCUGCCCGCUGUCGGCUUCAUUCUCGUGUACUCGCUGCUGCCGCAUAAAGAGCUGCGCUUUAUCAUAUACACCUUCCCUGUGUUCACUCUGGUGGCUGCCCGAGGAUGCUCUUUUAUUUUGUGCAACUACCACAAAUCCUGGAUGUAUAAACUUGGAUCAGCUGUCGUGGUGGGUCAGCUGUUGUUGAACGUCUCCUACACCAGUGUAGGUCUGUCUGUUUCCUACCACAAUUACCCGGGAGGCCGAGGAAUGCAGGCGCUUCACCGGCUGCUGCCUGCCACAGCAGACGUCUUUGUUCAUGUUGACACCUACGCUGCUGAAACUGGAGUAUCUCGCUUCAUGGAGCAGCAUCCACACUGGAGAUAUGACAAACGAGAAGAUUUGAGCCCCUCAAGUCCUGAAAUGAAAAUGUUCUCACACCUGCUGAUGGAGGUAAACGCCACAAAGAUUCUUCUACUCCAGGACACUCACAAACCUCUGACAUUUAUCGAAGGCUACAGCAAUAUCGCCCUCAAUUUGUUUAGUUUCCCUCCUGUCAGUGUUAGACUGGAGAGAAAAAGCGUGCUGAUGCAGAGUAUGGCGUUCAACAGGUCAGAGGUGUCAGCUUAAAAUGCUUAUUUUAAAGACUAGACCAUGAUGCAUUACCGUUUGACGACAGGUGUUCUUUAGCAUCUAUGCAGAGGUGCAAAGAGCGGGUAAGCAAUACAUGCAGUGCAUUGGGGGGCUAUUCACGGUCCGCGUUUUAAAACAUUUUACAUCACUUUAUGCAUGUGUAAAGGAUGUGAUCCAUAACAUAUAUGAUCAAUGUCUUGAGGCAUGCCAGUGAUGAGUUUUCCCCAGGCGCUGGUUGGAGGUGUUUUGCGUUGAAUUGUUAUCAUAUGAUGGAGGGAGAGACAGAAAAGAAAAUAAGUAGUUGAACGACAGUAGGUAAGAUGUUUGGCUGUAUAAAAAAGAUGGAGAUUUAAAUCUCCCUAACAUGGGACUCUAUCAGAUUGCAGCUCAAAUGUUUUAUAAGAAUGUGUAAUAAUAAUAAUAAUAAGACUACCAAUUACAACCGGCUAGUUUACUGGCCGCUGUCUUUUCGAGGGAAAAAAACAUCAUUUUGUUGUCAGUAGUACCUGAAGUGUGUGGAAAAAUCACAAAGAGACAAGAAAUUACAAGAAAUAGGGACUCUUUACCCAUCCAAAUUUGGAAUAAUCCAUCAUUUAAAGUAUGAAAUAAGAUAUUAAUUUAGAAGCCUUGGGAGGAUAGUGACAUUCAUUAUAACCUCAAGUAAUAUUUUGUCAUUUAAAGACCUUAAAAAUAAAUUCAACCUCAAGGAUGUAGAACAAUUAAAGUACCUCCAGCUAAGAAAUUGGGUACAAUUCGUGUGUUUUCCACUCCUUUUCAAACACUUCAACUAUAGGUUGCUAGUUUGCCAUGCUAGCGGUGGCCAUCUAAGUCUCGGCAAUGUUAUUUCAUGUCCACAGGGCUCUAAUAAUGAUAAACCCUGUAUUUUGAAAAUCAUAAACAGGUUUUUAAUGGCGUAACUAUGAAAACUAUGAAAAAAUUCCAUUUAUUAACAUUGAAUCCUCCAAUUAUCACGGUCGGGUCUGGAACCAAUGAACCAAGAUAAACGAAGGGACACAGUGGAAUGGAAUUAUUGAGAUCUUGACUAAAUGAUAUGCGGUUAGUGGGAACUGCUUUUUGUGCAUCAUGUGUAAGCGAUACAAUAGUCAGUCAGUUGAAAUGAUGGCUGAUUGUUGACAUGUCAUGCGGGAACUGUGAAUUAAUUUUCAUUUCUAUAUUGCUUCAUUUUGUAUUGUUUAAAACACCAUUUUCACAUAUUUUGUACUUUUUUGUUGCUUCAUAUUAGCUUGUUAUAUUGUCAAAUUGUCCCGCUGGUUUAUGUUUCACUUGAGUUUAAAAUAAACAACUCUG